GGUUAAGUUGUAUGAAGAGUCGUAUGUGAAUGGAGGUGCUUUAAACUGGUUUUUAAAACAGAAAGUGUGUACUAUUUUAACUUUUAAUAAAUGGUACAUGUAUUCACUUUUAUCUCGUUUAAGUUUGUUUCGUAUUUGCAUGAAACUUUAUACUCAUGAGUGAAGUGGUAGAUACUUAACAGCAACAUUACCAUGGCAACGAAAGGUGGUAAAGAAGGGGAAAGGAAGAGUAAAAGUGGAAAAGUAGUUGUGGCGGCUAUCGACUUCGGGACAACAUUUUCUGGAUACGCAUUUUCCUUUAAUCAUGACUAUGAAACAGAUCCAACGAAAGUGGCAGCAAAUACGAGUUGGGUGUCCGGCUGUGCCGGACUCAUGUCGUUAAAAACACCAACCAUUCUUCUUCUUGAUAAUAAGAAAGAGAUCGUUGCCUUUGGUUACGAAGCUGAAGAACAAUAUUCAGAAAUAGCAGGUGAAGGAGACCAUGAGAAAUAUUACUACUACCGGCGAUUCAAAAUGCUCCUACACAAGGUGGCGGGUGAUCAUUUAACGAGAGACGUUAUGAUCCCAGAUGACAAAGGACGUAUGUUGCCUGCCCUUCAAGUGUUUAGUAUAUCAAUCAAAUAUCUAAGAAAACACCUCAUGGAAACACUUAAUAAAAGAAUGACCGGCAUAUUACCAGGUGACAUUCGCUGGGUUCUGACAGUCCCUGCUAUAUGGAAUGAUGGAGCCAAACAGUUCAUGAGGGAAGCUGCCGAAAAAGCGGGAAUCGACAAAGAAAGUCUAAUUAUCGCCCUUGAACCAGAGGCUGCGUCCCUGUUCUGUAUGAAUCUGCCGGUCGACAAAAUUCACGGAGGAUCCGAAACAAAAACACAGAAGAUCUCACCGUUUACCAAAGGGACUCGAUACAUGGUCCUAGAUGUUGGAGGUGGGACUGUUGAUAUAACCAUCCACGAAGUUGUAGAAGAUGGUAAACUGAAAGAACUUAAUUACGCAAGCGGUGGCGCGUGGGGUGGAACGUGUGUGGAUGCGGCGUUUGAGAAAUUUCUACGGAGCAUUGUUGAUACUGAUACACGGAAGGGCAAAUCCGUUUUCGACAAGUUCAUGCAGGAUGCCAAAGAAGAUUGGGUUAUCCUAUUUAGAGAGUUUGAGACUAAAAAGAGAGGGGUAAAAGGAAAAGGAGCUGGUGGUGAAAGGUCCAAAGAGACAAUUAAAGUCCCGGUUAGACUUGCUGAAAUUUUCAAAGAAGUAACAGGCAAAAAUCUGAAAGAGUUUGUCACAACAAAGAAAGAGUAUGCCGACAAGGUCUCGUGGGCUGGCGACAAAUUGAGAGUCGAAGCAGGAAUAUUUAGGUCAUGGUUCGAUGAAUCUUGCAACAACACAGUAAAGCAUGUAAAAGAGAUCUUUAAGCAGAAGUCCAGCGAAAACACGAACUCAAUUCUUUUAGUUGGAGGGUUUUCAGAAUCGCCGUUACUUCAAGACGCUAUCCGAAAGAAUUUUCCAGACAAGAGACUUAUCAUACCAGAAGAAGCUGGCUUAGCUGUCUUGAAAGGGGCUGUUAUAUUUGGACAUAAUCCUGUGACAAUUGUCUCUCGCAUUGCCAAGUACUCGUAUGGUAUCCGUGUCUAUCGAGAUUUCCAAAAUGGCGUCCAUCCGGCGAACAAGAAAGUAACGAUUGGAGGAAAAAUAAAAUGUAAGGAUGUGUUUGCUACCCAUGUUAAAAAGGGACAGGAGCUUGUUGUGGGGGAGGCGCAAUCCAAACAACGUUACACACCCCUCGAAGCUGACCAGAUAUCUUUAGUUUUUGACGUGUAUACAUCGACUGAAGAAGAACCACUUUAUGUGACGGAUGUCGGAUGUACGUAUGUGGGCCAACUGGAAGUGGACGUUCCGGAUCUUUCUGGCGGGAAAGAUCGCGGUGUGUUUGUUCAAAUGAUUUUUGGCGGGACGGAAGUGGUUGUAGAAGCCAGGGUGGAAAAGACAAAUAAACUUACCAAAGCAAAGUUUGACUUCUUAAUGAGUGAUCAAAAUGCAAGUGACUCGUGCUAAUGUAAAGAUGUAAAGGUAUCUAGUUUAUGAAAACUAAGGACUUUUGAUGUCUUGAAAAAUUGUAAUAGCACAUUCCUUUAUAUCAUGUUUAAAGAAAAUUUACGUUUCAAUUAAAAAUAAUAUCACAUAUUCAAAGAGAACAAAAAUAACAAAUGUGAAUGUACUUAUUUCGAUGGUUUAGCUAUUAAAGUAUCAUUGAUAUAAGAAAACAAAAUGACCGUCAAUAAAGUAGACAUGCAAUUUAAGAUUGUUUUUACUAUUCAAUCAUUUUAUAUAUGAACAUGAUUAUAUUUAUAUUGUUGCUUAUACAAAAAACAGACAAAAGAGAUAUUUUUUAUAA